UUCGUAUGUGAAGCAGUUCGGUAAGAUGCAGUUAUCUAUUCCGGUCCAGUGCAGGCAUCCCUAUGGCACGUGGCGUGACUUCCUGAUGUUGUGUCGGCGACGGUCUCGAUCGGAAGGUGCGACCAUUGUAGUGCACGGGCCAGGGCUCGGUAUGUUUGAACGUUGAACUUUCCAGAUGCCAGAUCAUCCAAAUUCAAGAGAUUAACUACACGCCCCGCAAGGCCUCAGCUGCGGUUGUGCCUUGAUAUGCUCUGCCCCAGAACCCUUCCGCGACCCCCAAGUAACCCCUAGCUAUCGCGAACCCAGUCACUUGCCUCCGCCCUAAACUUCGACGGUGAGCGCUCGCGCCGCAACCAUGUCCGAGUUCACGAUGUACCACGCCCUCGGACAGGGCUCGCCGAACCCGAAUGGCCCUCCCCGCAAAGAAGAACCAAAGUUCCGGCCUCCAGUCGCUGCUGGCCCUACAGGAUAUCAGCAAACUGGCAGCCCCGCAUACGGUCAAACCCCCAGUCAGUACGUAGGAACGCCGAAUCAGGUUCCUACGCCAGGUCAGCAGCAAGGAUACUUUCCACCGCAGGACCUCCCGCCGAGACAGGCCGGACAGUCUGUGGAUACUUUGGCACAGCAAGUGGGAGGAAUGGGGCUGGGAGCGGAGCAGACAGGCACCGUCAGGCACAAAAAGAAGGACCGGCAUGCAUAUCACAACAUCGAAGGACCGGCUGGCAGCCCGCAGGCAUUCAACGGCAUGCCGCAGAGCCAGAACGGAACCCCUAACCAGUUCCUGAACUCUCCCCAGGUUGGCGGGCCGCAAUGGGCGCAACCAGAGAUAACACCUGCAAUGAACCAAUUCCCAGCUGCUGCACCAAUGUUUUCGCCUUCGAAUCCCGCCACAGGCAUGCAACAUGCUGCGCGCACAGGCGAUCAAUUGCAAGGCUCGCCGGCCUCUUCACAGCAAGGUCGAGUGGACCCAGAGCAGAUACCGAGCAUUCCACGAUCGCGUGACGCACCCGCAAAGUAUUAUCUGGAGCAUGUAUAUCCUACCAUGGAACAUCAUCUUCCACCACCAGCACUGACACCUUUUGUGGCAUUCGACCAGGGCAACUCUUCGCCAAAGUUCGCCCGACUUACCUUGAACAGUAUACCGAACAGCGCCGAUGCCCUGGGCUCCACCCAUCUGCCACUUGGUCUAGUUCUCCAACCUCUCGCCAAGUUACAGGAAGGCGAACAGCCAAUACCAGUCCUGGACUUUGGUGAUACCGGUCCACCUAGAUGUAGGCGAUGCCGAACAUACAUCAACCCUUUCAUGCAAUUCAAAUCUGGUGGCAACAAAUUUGUAUGCAACAUGUGCACUUAUCCGAACGAUGUGCCUGCCGAGUAUUUUGCGCCUACGGAUCCAUCUGGAGUGCGAGUGGACCGAUUGCAACGGCCGGAACUGACGCUAGGAACGGUUGACUUCAUGGUUCCCAGGGAGUACUGGUCAAAGGAGCCCGUCGGGCUAAGAUGGCUGUUCUUGAUAGACGUGAGCGCAGAAGCUGUGAACCGCGGCUUCCUGGACGGCUUCUGCGAAGGUAUCAUCAGCGCACUCUACGGUCGCGAGAACGAGCAGUCCGAAAACGCUGGUCAGACCCAACGAAGGCUUCCCGAAGGUGCCAAGGUCGGCAUUGUCACCUUUGACAAGGAGAUGCAUUUCUAUAACUUGAGCCACAACCUGGAGGCCGCUCAAAUGUUGGUGAUGCCCGACCUUGAAGAACCAUUUGUACCACUGAGUGAAGGGCUCUUUGUUGACCCGGAAGAGUCCAAGGCAGUCAUCACAUCCCUGCUCACACAGUUACCUAACAUGUUCUCGGAAUUCAAGAAUCCCGAACCGGCGCUACUUCCGACUUUGAGUUCGGCUGUGGAAGCGCUCGCAGCAACGGGAGGAAAAAUCGUUUGCUCUUUGGCAGCGCUACCGACAUGGGGACCGGGACGGUUGUUCCUCCGCGAUGAUGGCAGCAUGCACAACAAUGACGCCGAAAAGAAGCUUCUGACGACAGAGCAUCCAGGAUUCAAGAAGGUGGCUCAGAAAAUGGUGGAGAGCGGUGUUGGUGUCGACUUCUUCAUGGCCGCACCUAGCGGUGGCUAUUUGGAUAUUGCCACUAUAGGGCACGUCUCAGCUACCACCGGUGGCGAAAUCUUCUACUACCCCAACUUCCACUCCCCACGAGAUACGCUCAAACUGUCAAAAGAAAUCAAGCACACUGUUACUCGAGAAACUGGAUAUCAGGCUCUCAUGAAAGUGCGCUGCUCAAAUGGCCUCCAGGUCUCGGCCUAUCACGGGAACUUCUAUCACCACACCUUCGGAGCAGAUCUGGAAUUUGGAGUCAUCGAUGCAGACAAGUCUAUCGGUGUCAUGUUCUCGUACGAUGGCAAACUCGAUCCAAAGUUGGAUGCCCAUUUCCAGGCCGCGUUACUUUACACGACAGCCAGCGGCCAGCGCCGGGUGAGAUGUAUUAACAACGUUGCUAGUGUCAGCGAACGACCUGCAGAGUCGUUGAAGUUCGUUGAUCAAGAUGCUGUUGUGACCAUCAUAGCGAAAGAGGCUGCCGCUCGUAUGGCCGAGAAGAAUCUGAAGGAUCUCCGUGCCGCGCUGACAGAGAAGACUGUUGAUAUCCUCGCUGGAUAUCGGAAGAACUUCACAGGCCACAACAACCCGCCAGGCCAGCUCGUUCUGCCGGAGAACCUCAAGGAGCUUAGCAUGUACAUUCUUGGCUUGGUCAAGUCCAGAGCCUUCAAAGGUGGCAAGGAGCCCACAGAUCGGAGAGUGCAUGAUAUGAGGCUACUUAAGUCUAUGAGUCCAUUGGAGCUUUCGCUCUAUCUCUACCCACGCAUUAUCUCGAUCCACAAUCUGGACGAGAAGGACGGCUUCGCCAACGAAAACGGCCAUCUCAGGAUGCCGGAGGGUAUCCGCGCAUCCUUCUCGAAGGUAGAAGAAGGCGGUGUCUAUAUCGUGGAUAACGGUCAGAUAUGCCUGCUGUGGUUACACGCUCAGGUGUCGCCAAAUCUGUUACAAGACCUCUUCGGCGAAGGCCACGACAGCCUGAAGAGCUUAGAUCCAUUCGUGUCGACACUUCCAGUUCUUGAGACGCACCUCAAUGCUCAAGUACGCAACAUCUUGCAAUACUUGGAGGACACGCGCGGCUCCAAAGCGUUGACUCUGCAGAUGGCACGACAAGGUCUUGAUGGGGCGGAGUACGAAUUUGCACGAUUGUUGUAUGAGGACCGCAACAACGAGGCUCAGAGCUACGUGGACUGGCUUGUCCACGUGCACAGACAUAUCCAGCUCGAGCUCGCAGGACAGCGAAAGAAAGAGGACUCUGACGGCGGCUUAAGCUCGACCUUUGUAGGAUUACGCACGCCAUACUGGGGUUGAGGGCUUUUAGCGGAUUAUGUGUAUUGCAUAGCGAAUCUGGGAGUACAACAGGCUUGAGUAGAACGAUACGAUUUAUGGCAUUGGAGAUACA